UAUUUGCCACGAGGUUAAUAAAUACCCUGACACUCUUUAUUUGUCCAGUCCCUGUCUCUCUCAUCACUCUCCUUUAGCCCCACUUUUGCUGCUCAACAUGGGAUUUUCUGUCCACUGGAGUUGGUUUGCUGUGCUUUCUUGUCUUCUCAGUUUGGGACGUGAGGUUGAGUGUCUAUGCACAACAACGGGUGUCGAAAUAGAAGGAGGCUCCUAUUCACUGAGCAAUAAUCUGAGUGUAAACAGUAUAUUGGUCUACAAAUGUCCUGAGGACCAUUACCCCUACCCUGAGCAAGUGCGAUAUUGUCGCGCUGACAGCAAAUGGAUAAAACCACCGAGAAAGUACCCACGCCAAACAUGCAAGCUGGUUGAAUGUCCAGAUCCUAAUGUGCUGCAAAAUGGUGACGUCUCGCCUCCUCAGGAGCGUUACUAUGUGCACAAUCAAACCACGUACGAGUGCUACUCUGGACAUAAGCUACGAGGCUCCAGCAGGCGGGUUUGUCUACCUAACGGAAAAUGGAGCGGCUCCACUCCCAUCUGCAGUCGUGAUGCAGGAAAUACUUGUGCUGAUCCUGGAAUCCCAGCCGGUGCCUCAAGAUCUGGGAAUAUGUUUGGAUUCGCUGACAAAGUACGAUACAGCUGCGGUGGCAAACUUUUUCUGGUGGGGUCAAAAGAAAGUCAGGAGAACGGCGAGUGGACGGGCAUCGAGCCCGCAUGUUACUACAAAUAUACCUAUGACACUCCACUGGAGGUCGCAAAAGCAUUUGGUGGCUCAAUCAGAGAAACCUUCACCACUUUACAGUCCGCCAAUGACACACAGCAGGAGAGGAAAAUCCGAAUUACAAAAAAUGGAACACUCAACAUCUACAUUGCUAUGGACAUUUCUGAAAGCAUAGACGAGACACAACUCCAACCUGCAAGAGCUGCUGUCAUGAAACUGCUUGAGAAGAUUGCAUCCUUCAGUGUGACACCCAACUACGAAAUCAUCUUUUUCUCAUCUGAGAUAUAUACUAUUGUCAGUAUUCUCGACUUCCUGAAUGGUAACGUGAAGCUGAACGAAGUCAAGACAAAAAUGGAAGCCUUUGAAGUUGGUGGUGAGUCACACGGACUGGGCCUGAAUACUGUCUUCACGACGUUUCACGAGAAAAUGUUAAUUAUAAAGAAAAGAACUGAGGAAAACUUUCAGCAACAUCGUCACGUCAUCAUCCUUUUUUCAGAUGGUAUAUAUAACAUGGGAGGUUCACCUGAACCCACUGUAAAAAGCAUAAAGAGAACUGUGUAUAUGAAUCCUGACAUUGUAGAGGGAGAGAAGGCCAGAGGAGAUUAUCUUGACAUCUAUGUCUUCGCCAUCGGAGCAGAGAUCUACGACGACGACCUGCUGCGUCUCACCACAGGCAAUGGUGGACCUCAUUACUUUAGAUUAAAUGACGUGGAUAAAAAACUCAAUCAAACCUUUGAUGAAAUGAUUGAUGAAAGUGAGGUGGUAGAUCUGUGUGGUCGUCACACACACUAUGACCUGGAUGGCACUAAAGAGAGCAAAAGAAAAAUGUAUCCGUGGUGGGCGUAUAUCGUGGUGCAGAGGGAAAAGAAAAAGGAAUGCCUGGGAUCUCUUGUGACCAAAAAGUUUGUUCUGACAGCUGCACACUGCUUCACAUUCGACGACGAGGCACAUCACGUGAAAGUGGAGAUUGAUGAUGCAAAUGGCAGAUUGAAAGAAGUAGAAAAGAUCUAUAUACACCCCAAUUACAACGUCAAUGCUAAGAAGAAUGAAGGUGUGAAAGAGUUCUACGACUAUGACGUGGCUCUAAUUCAGCUGAAGGAAGGUAUUAUAGACCCCAGGUAUUCAAGACCUAUUUGCAUACCCUGCACGAAGAACGCUAAUGAUGCUCUUCAACUGGUGGAGGGAGCCACCUGCAAACAACACGAGGAGCUGCUGAUGAAUAAUCAACUGGAAAGACUGAGUUUCCUGACCCAUUCUGUUGAGGGUCUUGAGGUUAAAUCUGUCACUGCUAAGCUUGGUGAUAAGAGAGAUAAAUGUAUAAGACACGCCUUGGACGCAGAAGGAAUUUCACCUGAGCUGGUGAAAGAUCCAAAAAUCCCAGUGACCGACAACUUCCUGUGCACCGGUGGUCUUGAUCCCUACAGAGAUCAUAUAGCAUGUACAGGUGACUCUGGUGGUGCUGUGUUCAAGGACUAUAAAGAACGCACAAUACAGGUUGCUCUGGUCAGCUGGGGAUCCAAGUCUAUGUGCCAGAAAGGUGGCAAGGUUGAGUCAGAUAGCGAGUCAAGAGAUUUUCACAUCAAUCUUUUCAAGGUUCUCCCGUUCCUCAAGUCUGUCCUCGCAAAAGACACGGACGACUACGUACCACUUGAGUUUAUCAAGGGCAGUUAGUUUUGCAGCUGUAAUUGGUUUUCUUUUCAUAGAUCUAAAGCAAAAAAAAAAAAAACAACAUUUGUGGUUGAAUUACGUCAAACACUGAGUUUAACAACGACAAGAAAUUAAAUUAAAAAAAGACAAAUUCAACAAAAACUCUGAAAUGUGAGCCCGUAUCACAACCUACGCUCUGUCCUAAAAAGCUUUGAUGGAUUUUAUUUCUGCACAAGCCAUAAGUAAUGCUUUGCAAAUACAUUUAUUCAGCCAUGUGUAAACAGGCUAAUAAAUCAGCUUUGACCUGAGGACUGGCUUUUAUUUCUUCUUGGACGCUGACUCAGUUAAAAAAAAAAGAUCUAUACAUUAAUAUGAAUAGAAUGAAACACUGGCCAUAGGAGCACUAAUGCAAUUAUUGUGCAAUUU